UUUGUAGUGCCCCAUACGCAGCACAAUAUUCACUGAUACCUCAUAAUAGAAAUGAAAUCUUAUUAUAGAUGAGAGAAAAAAAAAAGCAGUUUUUGAAACAACAGCAGUGGUCAACAAAGAGGGCAUGAGGUGUGAAGCAAAAAAAAAUGCGGAGCAUGAAGUGCUGAGACUGACAGUGCUGUGUGCUUAGGUCUGUUUCUGUGAGAGAGGGAGGAGAUGCAGUGUGGAGAAUUCAUGUGCUGGAAGGAGAUUUAAAGUGGAGAGCGAGAGCAGAGAGACAGAGAAGGGACUGGGGCGAGAGUGAGAGCUGAAGACUGAGAGAGAAACAGGCAAGGGGGAAAGAGGAGUAAGGGAGCAUCGGAGUCGAGUCUGCUUCCAACCACCGCCUGUCGGAUCUCCCUGAGUUGACGGGCUGCUGCUGCUGACUGGAGACUGGAUCCUUUUGCAGCACACACACCAGAGUUUCCCCGUGGCUAUGCGUUCAGCUGGCGUUAACCUCUGCUGGCUCCGGCGCUGGCACAUGAGUGAAGGUUUGACCAGCUUCGCUCUGGACCUGACUCAAUACCCAUGAACCCCUGCCAACUCUGGCGUACCCUCUCCUGUCAUUAAGGUGCCCAGUUGGACUCCGGAGGCCGUUGCAGAACAGUGAAUUCAUUUAUCUGUUCAGGAAACCAGCUUGAAAUUAUAUGAACGUUGAGAAAUGGCUCACUGUCCUGCCGGAAGCAGCCAUCUGAAAAUGGGUUCACUGUGGUCAUAAAGGAAUGGACAUGGUCAACAACACCACUCAGAUGGGAAAUGCCUCCGAAAUUUUUCUGUUCAUGUCCAGAAUAUCAAAAGACAAUGACUUCGUCAUGGGAACACUCUACACCAUAUUUGGUGUGUUGUCCGUACUGGGGAAUGGGAUCCUGCUCUUUGUGGCCUUUAGAAAGAAAUCGUCUCUGAAGCCGGCAGAGUUCUUUGUCGUCAAUCUGGCCAUCAGUGACUUGACCAUGACUAUAACUCUGUUUCCACUGGCCAUUCCUUCAGCCUAUGCUCACAUGUGGUUAUUUAACCUGACAACCUGCACUGUCUAUGCCUUUUGUGGUGUUUUGUUUGGCCUGUGCAGUCUGUCCAAUCUCACGGUGCUCUCAUGUGUUUGUUGGCUCAAGGUCUGCUGUCCAAACUACGGUAACAAAUUCUCAUACUGCCAUGCCUCCCUACUCGUCGCGGGCAUCUGGUGCUACGCCGGAGUGUUUGCCGUGGGUCCACUGUCAGGUUGGGGAGAGUAUGGUGCUGAACCUUAUGGGACUGCUUGCUGCAUCAACUGGCACGCUCCCAACCACAGUUCUGCAGCGAUGAGCUACAUCAUCUGUCUCUUCUUCUUCUGCUACAUUGUUCCCUGUACUAUUAUAUUUCUGUCCUACACCUUCAUCUUGGUGACAGUGCGAGGCUCGCGGCAGGCCGUACAGCAGCACAUGUCUCCACAGAACAAGAUCACCAAUGCACAUGCACUUAUAGUUAAGCUUUCCGUGGCAGUUUGCAUCGGUUUCCUCACGGCUUGGAGUCCAUAUGCGAUUGUUUCCAUGUGGGCAGCCUUUGGGAACGCAACAGACAUACCACCAAUGGCUUUUGCUUUGGCAGCCAUAUUUGCCAAGUCCUCCACCCUUUACAAUCCCAUUGUCUAUCUGGUCUUCAAGCCCAAUUUCCGCAAGUCUCUGUGUCGGGAUGUAGCUCACUGCAGAAGCACAUUCUGCAGAUGUUUUUGUCAACACAGCUCUGCACAGAAGGGAACUUGCAGGCAAUCUCAUCACAUUGACGAGUGCAACUCCACAAGGUUGUCUAAUGGACUGCCAGAGAACCACCGGACCUGCAGACAUUGUCCUUGCGCUGAAACGGUCUCCGGUGCCAAGGAAAAUUUCACAGAUUACAGUCCUCAGCAGACUGCCAGAAUACUGAAAGGAUCUGUGCAAACCGAGGUCGCUGUCAGUCAGCUCUCCAAUGAGAUGCAGAGCGACUUUCUUUAAAGAGAGAAAAACGCCGCCUCAAAAACAAAAGCUGCCAAAAGAAACCAGCAACAAAAAACUGCAAGAUGUUGGAUAAAAAAAAAAAAGAAGCUAAUUGCAAUUUCAGGAAUAGUCAAAGGCUGAAGGCUUACUCACUGAUGAAAAAGACUAUUAUUGAGUAUUAUUCUCGAGUUCCAAGCUUGUUCUAUACCUCAAAUAUUUAAUACUGCCAAUAGAAAAGAAAAACAGAUUUUAAAAAAAAAUCAAGAUUUGAUCAUGCAGUUACAGUAAACACAGUAAAAUAAGCAAGCCAACCAGUUCAGAUGGUAAAUUUGUCAGGUCAAAGUUACAAGCAUCAACUAUUGUAUUGCUCUGAACAAUCAACAUCAAGGAAGCAAGACUGAAGAGUCAAAAUGCAAAAUCAAUUUACGCUGGAUUUAGAGGGAGGAAGUGAUACUGAAACUGACGACUCCCUAAUCAACCCUUUAUGUGUUUUUACAAGUACUGUACAUUAUGGGAUAUUUGUAUUUAUUAACGCAUGCCUCAAACUGAAGGACAACAGGGUUGCUGCUCUUACCUAAAAGUAAGUAAAUAUCGUGUCCCGAUUGCUGUCGGAGAACAAAGUUUUCGAAGCCUCAAUUAAUUUGCAUACAAUUUGUCGAACUUGAGGUUCACCUUUUAAAAGUAGGUUCGUCAAAUGAAUAAAGAACAAUUCAAGCUCAACAAAGCUUCUUAUUACCUUCAUAAAAAUGAACAUCCUAGUAACAGAGUAGCAUUCGUUACUCUGCAGUGUUAUGUCUGAUUGUCUGUAGGAAAAAUGUUUGGGUGGUUGGUUUAACAGCUCCUUUGGACCAAGACAUGAACAAUUUCUUUAUGUUUCAUGGAAAUAUUUGUUUUCAUUUUACACUUUACUUCUUUUUUUUAAAUAUAAUUUUAUAAUUUAUGAUGUAAAAUUAGAUCCUCUGGCACCAAAGCCAGGCAAAAAUGCGUAAUGAAUGGAUUACCCAAUUAGUUGUCUCAUUCUAAAACACCCCCAAAAGAAAUCACAAAAGUAAUUAAACUAAAAGGCUUGUGCAGAUUUUAUAAAUGUUUUUUUUUUCUUUUAAUUACAUAUUAGCACUUUACCAACUGAGAGAUUCAAAUGACAAAAUAAGUUUUAUACUUAAACAGGGUUAACUGUUGGCCAGUCUGGCUACAUGAUAGAGAUAAGUUCAGGAGAAACAAAAGCACAGCUAAAACAUUUUAGAAUGCUGAUUACAAGCAUUACAAUUUAGCAAUUUACAACUGAGAGGCACACUUCACAAUAGGACUCAUUCAGCUCUGGAAUGAGUCUUAUUCCAGAGAUGAAUGAGUCAACUCUGGGACCCAGACUAGUAAGAUGGCUGGACGUCCUCAUGCUGCUCGAGUGUUGUUGUCUAAAACAGAUGGCACAUUCAAGCAUCUGAAAAUUGUACCCAAGAUGAACCAGGCUUGUGAAGAUCCACAAAUCUCUUCUUGAUAUUUUGCUUGAGUUAUUUCUUUUGAAUUCGUCCUUAUUCGUGAAGUGAAUGAAGUUGUUUGCUUGAGAUGCUACCUCAAAAUAAAAUUACAGGUGAACCCUCCAAUUAACUCUGCCAUUAGUCAGUUAGCGAAUUAAAAUAUUUGUAUCAAUUCUAACUGAGCUAGAACAGAAUUUGCUGUUUAGUCUGAGAAUAAAAACAAACAAAUAUUUUUUAUAGUGUCUGGUAAUUCCUUGUUUCAGUUUUACAGUAAACCCCAAAGUCGAGUAGACUUUUUUUCCCCACUUUAUCUUUGAAAAAAAAAAAAGUUAUUGAAAUAUCAAACUAUCAAAACACAGAUUGACAAGUGGCGAUAUCUGGAAAUGUAAUCUCUCUCUGAGCAUUUUAGCCCAAUCUGUGACUGGUUGGUUUCGUUAUCUGUCAACUUAUCCUAACAUAAUUGUGCACUGUCACCACCUCCCUCAGUAAGAUGUCUUCAACCCCCCUUCACAGCUCAGCGCUUUCAGAAAACACUCAAGGUUGUCUAAGUCUUAGCUUGAAGUGCUUGGUGUGCAGUGCUUCAGUUAUUUGCCAGUAAGGUGCUGUCCACUAAACAAUACUUUAGACGCUUUGAUUAAAGCAUUUCAGACAUUUUCUUUAAAAACAAAAAACGGCUCCUUUUUUAUAUUUUGCUUAAUAGGUCUGCUGUUUUUUUUUUUUUUUUUCUCUUUACUAAACAGCUCCAUGUCAUUAAAUGAGGCUAACAAAUGAAGAGUUCAAACAGCUAUGUGAUUUUAAACAGUCGGUUUUAACCUGCUUUUGGAAGAGGUCAAAUCUUCAUCACUCACAAGAUCAGCAAAAAAUAAAUAAAUCCACAUUCACAGUAAUUACUUUGAGGAAAAAAAAGACAUUUAAUUAUUUUCCCUUUGAGAAAAAAAAAUACAUUCAAGAGGGUGCUGAUUUAUUUAAUUAAUUCAAAACAGGAGAAAAUUUCUGUGCUUGUGCAUGAAUAUGGAAAUAUUGUCUUCAUUGCUUCUCUUGCCAACUAUUAAAAAAAAAGUUGGUAACAUGAGACCUAAAAGGCUGUGCCUCAGCAGAUACCAACAUUAUAUGAAUAAAAAUGCUCACUGAGCAUAGCUGAGCACUGUUUGCCUAACAGGCAGUUUUGUUCUUUUCUCCUGGCAGCAAAGGUCAUCAACUGAAGUCAAAAAAGACAUGCAAUGUCCGAGAUAAAUUAGAUCUGCUUGAGUGUGUGUUUUUGUUGAGUGGCGUAGCUUCUGUGAUAUCUUAACUCAUUAUGUGGGGAAGGCUCCGGCUCUUUCUAGUUUUCACAAAUUACCCGACAACAAAAGCAACUCACGUUUGAUGUUUGCCGUUUCAUAUGAUCACCUUAUGUUCUGCUUGAGGUGAUACAACAAUCAGGUGACAUGUUGCACAUAAUCUUCUAAAACUCCCUAAUGACUCAGUAAAAAAUCUAACAAAUUCAACAAUAAAAUAAAAUUCAACCAGAAAAAAAAAUAAAUAAAUUAAAAAAAAAUCAGCAAUACAAAUACACCGCCAUCUUGCUUUUUUAUAUUUUUGUUUUUAUAGUUUUUACAUUUAGCCAUGGGUUUGUGAGAUGCCUCUUAUUGAAGAGUUACUGCCUUUUUAUAGCUAAGGCUAUGACUACACAUAGCCUUAGCACAUACUCGACACAUACAAAGAAAAUACAACAAAUCGAUCCCUAAGUCACUUUUUGAGAAAUAAAGUGGAGAGCAUGUUGAACCAACAUAAAAAGAGUAGGGGGGGAAAAAUCCUAAGAAUCCAAGAAAACUGCUCUGUUUGUAUUUGCCAUCUCGUUUCCUAUUAGUCCAAAUUAACUCAGCUGGUUUAGUGGUUUAACUGUGGGUUAGUCUAGUCUGGUUGGUUGAGAACAAAAUGUAAGUCUUUGAGUGUAAUUGUUUUUCCCACCAUGUUGGAAGGAGAUAACGCAUAGCAGCUCAUGCCAGAAACACCAUACCAACGCUGAAGUUUGCAAGUGGGAGCAUCAUUUCCUUGGAUUGUUUCAAUUUUAUCACUUGAUGUGAUUGAAUGAUCUGGCUUUACAUAGUAGAUAUGUAAAUAAGACCAAAAACAUAAAGACACAAUAAUUGGGUUAAGAGAACAAAAUCAAGGUUGUUAAAAUGUCCCAGUUAAUCUCUGGCUUAAAGGGAGUGUAUUAUGCAAAAUCAACUGUUUUGAGCUUUAAACCAUGUUACAAUGUCAUUCCCUCAUCAAAAAAAAAAACAUAAAAAAAUAACCAAACUGUUGCUUUAACUCGUUUAUGCAUUGAACCUUGAAUCUCGGGUGGCAGCCGUUUGGCGGCGCCUUAACGCCUCAUGCAAUGCGCUGCCUCUUUCCCCAAAGCUUCACCCUGGAGCUUCAGUCUCCAGCUGAGCUCCACGGCUCCAUCAUACUAGCGACGGCAGCGAAUAGCAAACACCUCGUGGAACUGUGAGCUAAUCACACAAACUACGACAUUCUUACGUCUGGCUGUAAACAGCAUCAAUGGAGGCAAAUUUCAAGGUGUCAGAAACAGCUUUGACAUGAAGUCAAAUUUCUUAAGUUCUCAAAUUAUUUUAAGAUAUUCAGAAUUUUUAUAAUAAUUGAAUGUAACUGAUUGUGCCAUAAAGUGGCUCUGCAUGUCUGAAAAAUUUAUAUUAUACCCCCCAUUUAAAUUAAAUUUUUAAUUUAGUGAAAGAACUGAACCAAGCAGUUUAGACAUAGAGAAGUUUCCCUGAACCUGAAAGAUUUGGAGACAUUUGGUUUUGAGAAAUCGGUUGCAUCACAACAAUGCAUGUUGCUAAUUUCACCAAAAAA